UUUUCUUCACCGAAAAGACGAUAAUUUUAAAGUAUUGGUGAAUAAAAUGAAAGAAAACGAGCCGUUUGUGCCUAAAGUGAAAGUCGAUGAUAAAACUCAACUAAGAAAACCACCCAAACCUGAGCUCAAACCUAAAGUCAAUUGUUUGGCCAAAAAUACCCCAAAGACUGCGAAUAUUGUGAAAAAUACCAACAAUUUAGUGACAAAACCGCCAAAAAUAGGCAACACAUGGACUCCGGGCGAUACGCGAGCGCUGAAGGCAGCCAUCUCUGGCCACACAUCGGCCGCACCCAACCCUCUGCCCAAACCUCCGCGUACUUUCGCGCACGACGUCUAUCUUGAGCUAAAGUUUGGCAAAACUAAAUCCAUUGACAAUAUAAACAGUGCCGCAAAUAAUGAGAAAUCAAUGCCUAUAUAUUCCAUACCAAACAAAGACAAUAAACUGAAGAAUAGAAAACCUCGAUCUCAUAGCGAUUCCCUAGUGAUGGACAUCAAUAAGUGUGACACCAAUGAUAACAUUUACGACGAUAUUGUGAUUGACAAGAGAUUGACUACAUUUAAAUCAAAAGGU